AUGGGGAAGUCUAAGAAGAAAGAGGAGGCUGUCUUUCUGAGGAAAAAAAUCACCCUUCUGAGGGCUUUCUCGCUCCUCAUCGGCAGCAUGGUGGGCAGCGGCAUUUUCAUUUCCCCCAAAGGGGUGCUGAAAAACUCUGGCAAUGUGGGUCUCUCCUUGGUCAUCUGGUUCGGCUGUGGGAUCCUUUCUAUGUUUGGUGCUUUGUGUUAUGCGGAACUCGGCACGCGAAUCACAAAGUCCGGGGGCCAUUACAUCUACGUCUUGGAGACCCUGGGCCCGCUGCCAGGGUUCCUCUUCCUGUGGGCUGAAUACUUUGCUAUAAGGCCAGCCAACAGUGCUGUUGUGGCUUUGGCGUUUGGGCGCUACAUCCUGGAGCCCUUGUUUGCUCCCUGUGAAGCUCCGCUUCUAGCUGUGAAACUGGUUGCUCUCCUAGGAUAUUAUAUUGUCCUCAUCUUGAACUCUUGGAGUGUUAGCUGGAGUGCCAGGCUUCAGACCAUCUUGUCCGUCGUCAAGCUCGCAGCUCUCGCCCUUAUCAUUGUCCCAGGCAUGAUGCUUUUAGCCCAAGGCCAUACAGAAAAUUUCCAGGAUCCUUUCAAUGCCCAGGCACUUGUUUUGGACAAACUACCAUUAGCGUUUUAUGCAGGGAUGUUUGCCUAUUCAGGAUGGUUCCAGACUAGUUUUGUACGAGAAGAGCUAGUGAGGCCAGAACGAAAUAUUCCUCUGGCAGUCAUUGUGUCUGUAAUCACUGUGAUUGUGGGCUACAUGCUUACCAAUGUGUCCUACUACACUGUAUUAACAGCAACAGAUGUCCUGGCCUCCCAGGCGGUAGCUGUGAGUUUUGCACGCAAAGCGUUUCAGAGCCUUAUCUCAGUGAUUCCUGUCUUGGUUGCCUUAUCUUGCUUUGGAACCAUGAAUGGAGGGAUCUUUACAUUUUCAAGGACAUUGUUUGUGGCUUCAAGGGAGGGGCAGUGGCCUCCCCUCUUCUCUAUGAUCCAUAUUCAAAGACACACACCCUUACCUGCUGUUAUGCUGAUGUUCCCUUUGGUCACAGCCAUGAUUUGUGUGGGAGACCUCUACCAUCUCUUGAACUUCUUCAGCUUCUCUCGGUGGCUCUUCAUCGGACUGGCAACCCUUGGGCUUAUAGUUCAUCGAUACCGUCACCCUGAGAUACCAAGCCCGUUCCAGGUGCCUCUUUUCAUUCCUGUUUCCUUCACGCUCAUCUGCCUUUUCACGGUGGGGAUGUCUUUCUACUCGGAUCCAGUAAGCAUCAGCAUUGGUUGCGCCAUGGUCCUGAGCGGCUUUCCAGUUUACUACUUGCUUGUCCAAAGGUCAAUGCCAAAUUGUUGCCGUACUACCUUCCAUUCUGUUACACUGAAGCUCCAGAUACUCUUGAAGGUGGUGCAACAAGAGAUCAGGACUUACUGA